GGUAAAUCGUCCAUUGCUCGCGUAUUGUGUACCGAGUAUACGUUCGUGUGAAACUGAUACGAAAUACAUCGAUCUUAAACUGUGAACAUGGAGUUGAGAAGGAGAGGCGAUUCAGAGCAGCAAGACGCUUUAGCAAUUCUUCGAUGGGACAAAGAACUCACACAAUCUUUCAGCGUUUGUGCGACGACAGAUUCCAAAUUCGGUCAGCUAAGACCGCUCAUGAAAUUACUUGAAAUCAGUGGCCAUGGUGUACCCUGGAUAGUCUCGCUUAUUGUUCUACUUUAUGUUACAAGAAAUAAUUCAAACGAGUGUCAAUUUAUUAUAAAUUUAUUGGCAGGUCAAAUAUUGGAUCUAGUCAUUACAGCUACAGUAAAAGUUGCAAUAAAGAGACAACGUCCACAUGGCAACAAGAAGGAUAUGUUCGCUACAGUCUCCAUCGACGCCUACUCAUUCCCAUCAGGGCAUAGUUCAAGGGUUGUCAUGGUGAUGUGUCUGUUUCUUUUUGAAUUCACAUUUACAUUUAAAUGGAUGUAUUUUGUUGUUAUACUAUGGUCUUCUAGCGUUUGUAUAUCUCGAAUUCUUCUAGGCAGACACCAUGUACUUGACGUUGUUGGUGGGGUCGUACUUGGGAUGCUUGAGUACAAACUUAUACGUAUAUUUUGGAUUUCAAAUAAACAGUCACAGAAUGUAAUAGAUUAUUUAUUCUGAUUACAUCAUAGGUGUGUUUACUUUGCAUACAAGGAAAUUCAUUAUCAAAAAUAAAACAUUUGUAUUUGCACACUUCCCACCCUCUCACUUCUAUAAUAAAGAUCUGAAUUGUUUUCACCUUGUGGCCAGAACUAGAUUA